UUCACUCCUGCUGGCUCUGGGAAAGAGAAGACGGGAAGGCAACCUUGACUCAUUGAUCAACGAGCAAUGAAAGAAGAAGCUAUGAAGGUGACCGAGCUUUCCUUCUUCACUCCGAGCAGCUUGUUGGAAGGGCAGAGCUAAAUCUCAUUGGAGAUUUACUUCCCAAGAAAGGGAUGGACAAUUUCAUCCGAAAACAUUUGCAUUUCUUUCAUACGUUUUGGAACAAGUGUGUGCCCAACGGAGCCUCCAGUAACCCUUCUUUCGAGACCUGGGAACCGAUCCCAGGAUAUUUACAUCCCACCCUGGAUCCUGACCCUGCUGAAGACAAAGCUUCCCUUCGUGGGGUGCUGUACAACUACACUGCCAAGAAUGCCGAGGAGCUGAGUGUCACUAGAGGGGACAAACUUUAUGUCCUCAAAGAAGAGGGGGGUUAUGUCCUUGCAAGGCGCUUCUCUGGAGACAGAGUGGUGGGCUAUGUUCCAGCCAGCUAUAUCAGCAAGGGCAGUGAGGAACCAGCCAGCCAUCAAUCCUGGUACAUAAAUGGAAUCACAAGAAAUAAAGCCAACCAGCUCCUUCUCUCUCCCCCAAAUCACCACGGCUCCUUCCUUAUUCGAGACAGCGAGAGUAACAAGGGAGAAUAUUCUCUGUCAGUUCGCAACCAUGGCAAAGUGCGGCAUUUCAGAAUCUACUCGAAUCCUGCCGGAAGUUUUUACUUGGAAAAAGCUCAUGUCUUCCUGAGUCUGGAAGAGCUCCUUGCUUAUUACAGAGCCAACUGGAAAAUCAUUCAAUGCCCUCUGUCUCAGCCUUGUGUCCAGAAGAGGACUUCUGAGAUGGAUCAGUGGGAACGUCCCCGGUCUGAAUUCCACCUUUGGAGGAAGAUGGGUGAAGGAUGUUUUGGAGAAGUUUGGGAAGGAAUGUGGAAGAACACAGUGCCUGUGGCCAUCAAAAUUAUGAAACAAGCCAGUUUUAGCUCCUCUUCCUUGAAUCUCCGGGUGAAAGCAUCUCCUUUGCCUUUGGCUGAUCACCUGUUCUUGCCUUUCCUUCAGGAUGACAUCUACUCCACCACCGGCAGCGCCAUGAUCCCGGUUAAGUGGACGGCACCGGAAGCUGCCAUUUACCAGACGUACUCCCCCAAAUCGGACGCUUGGUCCUACGGAAUCCUACUCUAUGAGGUUUUUAGCUACGGACAGUGCCCCUAUGAUGGGAUGACCAAUCAGGAGACCAUCCAGCAGAUCACUCGGGGCUACCGUCUUCCUCGCCCCAACAGUUGCUCCCCUGAGGUCUAUAGCAUCAUGCUGGAAUGCUGGAAGGCCCAUCCCGAAGAUCGGCCAACUUUUCUCAACUUGAGGGAUGCACUCUUUUCGAUUUACAAAUGGGCACGUCACUCCUUCUCCUGAAAGUGGGGCUGGGGGAGGCACCUCCCACGCCUUCUGCAACAACCAUCAGCCCUUUGGUAGAAGUCUUGCAGGCCUUCCAGGUUCUCCGAGUCUCUUGAGCCUGCAGGAACAUUUGUGCCUUUGAAGGUGGACCUACGUGAGCUCUUCAACCUCAGCAGGUGGAGUUAUGGGUUCUACUGGUCCAAAAAAUAGUUCGCGGUAAGAGAUACCGUACAGCCAAGAGCUCCUCGUGGACAGAAACAGAAAUGCGGCAUUUCCUUCCCUGUGCAAGUUAUGGAGUCUUCUUGCUGUAGGCCCCAAAUGGCUUCCUUUUAGUCAAUAAACGUGUACAAAUGUA